GGACAUAAAAUAUUCGCGCAGUGCACCAUAGCCGACUUUGAUAGAUUACUAGAAUUUGAAAAUGUCUGAACUGGAGUCAUGGAUGGAAGAAGCUGGUUGGAUUAGUCGAAACAGCAAAAGCCGGCCAGAUGCUUUUUAUUAUUAUAACAAAAAAACAGGAAAGAGUCAAUGGGAACGACCAUCUAAAGAAGCUGAAGCAGAUAAGGUUCAAUGCCUGCAUUUAUUGGUAAAGCAUCACAGAAGUAGGCGGCCGUCUUCAUGGCGCCAAGAUGUUAUUACUAGGACCAAAGAAGAAGCCCUCGAAGAGUUGUUGGGCUAUAAAGAAAAGAUUGAUUCUGGAGUAUCUACUUUUGAGGAGUUAGCCAAAACUUACAGCGAUUGUUCAAGCGCUCGAAGGAGUGGAGAUUUAGGUUCUUUCGGACGAGGAGCUAUGCAAAAACCAUUCGAAGAAGCUGCAUUUAGUUUGAAAAUUGGUGAAAUAAGCGACCCAGUCCAUACUGAUAGCGGAAUUCACAUUAUAAAAAGGAUUGCUUAA